AUGGCGGGACAUGGAGUCUCCAAGAUGAACGCCACCAACACUGCCGGUGCUAUGGUCCGUGGUUUCGAACAUCUGACGCGCAGUGAUGUCGCCUUAGUCGGCGGCAAGAACUCCUCCCUCGGCGAGAUGAUCGGUGGCCUUGAAGCCGAGGGGAUCGCCGUGCCACCUGGUUUUGCAACAACUUCGGACGCCUAUUGGCAGUACAUUGACGCCAACGGUAUUCGGGAAAAGAUAGCUACGCUGAUCGAGGAAUGGCAAUCGGGGAAAGCAAGUCUUUCUGAGACGGGCCAUGCGGUGCGACGUCUGUUCCUCCGUGGUACCUGGCCAGAGGAUGCGGCAACCGCAAUCAAGACCGCUUAUCGACAGCUUUCGGCGAAGACGGGAAUUGAGGACCUAGGUGUUGCCGUUCGCUCUAGCGCGACAGCCGAGGACCUGCCUGAUGCAAGCUUCGCCGGCCAGCUCGAGUCUUAUCUGAACAUCACGGGUCAAGAUGCACUCCUGGAUGCGUGCCGCCGCUGCUAUGCUUCGCUCUUCACCGACCGAGCCAUCAGCUAUCGCCAGACCAGAGGGUUCGAUCACAUGAGCAUCGCACUUUCGGUUGGAGUGCAGCGUAUGAAGCGUGGCGACAAGGCGGUAAAGAUGAUCUACGGCAGCGGAGAAAUGCGAACCCGCAAUGUUCCCACUUCCAAAGCAGAGCGAGCCGCGAUGUCACCGUCUCUUGCGCCGAGGGCGACAUCGAGCUUCGUCUACGAGGGUAUCUCCGACAUUACUACCAAGACGCCGGACUACUUCGUCGACAAGCUGUCGCGCGGGUUCGCAGCCCUUUGCGCCACCGUCUAUCCCAUGCCGGCCAUCCUCCGCAUGAGCGACUUCAAGACGAACGAAUACGCCGGCCUCAUCGGUGGCGCCGAGUUCGAGCCAAAGGAGGACAAUCCCAUGCUCGGCUUCCGCGGCGCGUCGCGCUACUACUCGCCUCACUACAAGGAGGGUUUCGCACUCGAGUGCCGCGCCAUUAAGCAUCUGCGCGAAGUGAUGGGUUUCACCAAUGCAGUCGUCAUGAUACCUUUUUGCCGGACGGUCGGCGAGGCAAAGAAGGUGCUGGAGGUCAUGGCCGAGAACGGGCUUAGGCGCGGCGACGACGGCCUGGAAAUGUACGUCAUGUGCGAGAUCCCGUCCAAUGUCAUUCUGGCGGCCGAGUUCGCCGAGCACUUUGACGGCUUCUCUAUCGGCUCCAACGACCUGACGCAGCUGACCCUCGGCGUCGACCGCGACUCUGGCGAGCUGGCCGAUCUGUUCAACGAGCAGGACGAAGCGGUCAAGUGGAUGAUUUCACACGUCAUCUCGGUUGUCCGCAAGGCGGGCCGUAAGAUAGGCAUCUGCGGACAAGCACCGAGCGACCACCCGGCCUUCGCGAAGUUCCUGGUCGAGGCCGGUAUCAAUUCAAUUUCUGUCAGCCCCGAUAGCUUUCUUGCCGUGAAGGAGCACGUGGUUGAUGUUGAGCGGGCAUAA